CGUCAUGGAUAAAUUCGUGUUAUCGUAUUUUUUUUCUCAUUCAAUAACAUUAACACUAAAUCAAUCCGAAAAAUAGUUGACAGAAACAUAAAAGGAGCCAUGAUUUAUUUAGCAUUCGUUGUUUAUUAAAUUGAACGUGUACAAAUUUAAGGUUUCUCUUGUUCCUUUUCACGUUCUUUUGAUGCAUAAGGUGUCGCCAUAUUGUUUGCUACACUACCGCCUUCAGAAGUGAAAAACUUCGGGGUUAGAACUUAAGUAUCGUCACAUCGUUCGUGUCUCUUAAUGUUCGCGUGGAUUUGUCUCGUUUUCGUAUUGAUUCGCAUCGUUUCGUCGCCUGUAGAUCCUUUCACGUGAAAACCAAACAACGUACAAUAUAUUUUCUGUAGUAUUUGCCCAAUAGUUAAUCGGUGAAUUUCGUAUACUCUUGAUAAACGACAUUUGAUACGAAGAAUUUUGGAAUAUGGCUGCUGCUGCUGCUGCUGCGUUACUCGACGAACUUAUGGGAAGAAAUAGAAAUGUUCUUCCUAAUGAAAAACCCAAAGAACUUAAUUGGGAAGAUCCAGAGUUUUGCAAACUAUAUUUGGUAAAAUUUUGCCCCCAUGAUCUGUUUGUUAAUACAAGAGCUGAUUUGGGUGCGUGUUCCCGCGUGCACGACGACGAGGCCAGAGAAUUGUUCGAGAAGGCGCCGUACUCAUACAGAAAACAACAGUACGAGGAUGAGUUUAUUAGAUUUUGUCAAAGCAUGUUGAACGAAGUCGAAAGAAAGAUAAUAAAGGGAAAGCAACGGUUAGCCCUUAUAGGAAGAACGGAAGCACCUACUUUAACACCAGCACAGACUCAAAGGAACGAAGAACAAAUUGCUCUCUUAACCGAAAAAAUAAAUAAACUGGUAGAAGAGGCGGAACAAAGCGGCAUACAAGGAAAUGUGGAACAAGCACAGGGCCUAAUGAGAUUAUGCGAUCAAUUAAAAGAAGAACGAGAAACACUCAGAAAAUCAAACGACAAUAGUCAUUAUAAUCAAACUGCUGAACUAGCUGCUGCUCAGGAAAAACAAAUGGAAGUAUGCGAUGUAUGCGGUGCGUUUCUUAUUGUUGGCGACGCUCAACAACGAAUUGACGAUCAUUUAAUGGGAAAACAGCAUGUUGGAUAUGCGAGAUUAAAAAGUGCUCUUCAAGAAAUCAUGAGUAAACGCGAAAAAGCCAGAGAUGAAAAAGAACAAAGAAGAGAGGAGGACCGAAAGCAAAGAGCACGCGCUAACGAAGAACUUGAUAGGCGAAGAAGAGACGGAGACAGAGAUAGAGAUCGUGACAGAGAAAGAGAUAAACGACGUCGACGUAAUGAUGAUGAUAAAGCCAGGCAUGAUUCCGGCAGUCACAGAAAUUCUGGACACAGAAGUAGGAGCAGAUCAAGAGAUAAACAUGAUAGACAUCGAGAUGAUGAUAACCAUCGACGUCAUGCUCGAGACAAAGCAAAUCGUGAUCAUCGGAGCUCAAGUCAUCAUAACCGUCGUCGCCAUCGAUCUAGAAGUCGAAGUCACAAGUAACUACUCUUGAUUGGUUAGUGAGUGAGAAGUAAGCCAGGUAUGCACUAAACAAUAUACCAUAUUCGUCUCAAUUACUGUACAGGUUCUUUACCAGGUGAGUUUCAUUAGAUGCACAUAAUAUAUACAUGAUAAUUAUCUGUAAUUUUGAAGAACGGCAUAGUCACAGCGAGCCAGUCUCUGGUCCUGCCUAUUAAUCGGAGAAACACUCUUACUAAAUUUCAUAUGGACCUGAUCGUACAGCGUUUAAUUUUCAAAGUGACGAGCUUGUUCUAUGUAACAUAUUACUGAAAAAAGGUGCAUCGAGGUAAUGUCGAGCAAGGAGUAGUAAAAGUCGUUCCCAUACGAAAGGUAUUUUUAUCAUGUAGUAUUAUAGAUAUUGUCUACAGAGCAAGAUAGGAGAAGGUAUACCUAUGCUUGCUUUGAUCGGUAUAAUGUCUUCAUAGGGUAAAUCAAUUAUAUAAUUUCAACGACUGCAUAGCUUUUUUGUCGAAAAGAAAUUAGUGGUUUAGUGGAGGAAACAGUGCCUACUUCCGUAGACCUGCCACAACAGUGCCCUGUGUGACUGUGACUAUACAAUCCUAGCUUCUACUACGCAUUUCUGAGGUAUUUAUAUCGGAAUGAUAAUACCAAACAUGUCCUUUUAUUAGGAAAGUUUAGAUAUUUUGAAAACGGUGAUCUUUAUUUUGGAGCGAUACUUGAGUGCUUAGUUACAAUAACAAACUCCUGCUCUUACUUUCCUUAUUCCCUGAUUGCUAUUUAUUGGAGCAUACUCAGUUUAAAGCCGAACGAUGUGUCUACUAAUUAGUCAGGGAAGAUAUUUGAUAUAGGAUUGAGAUAAUGUAUCUGCGUGUAUAGUCCAGAGAUGUAAAAAAAAAAAAACUAUUUAUUUAACAGCCGUUAGACUAUAAUUGACGAUGCGGUUAAAAAAAUUGGGCUUAUAUGUUGGCAUAUAGUCGCAUCGGUAUAUGUAUGUGUUUUCUUCCGAACUUUAUAUAUGAAAGUUCAAGAAAUAUGUAUCAUGUACACCGAAUAAUAUACUCUUCUUUCCUUUGCAUGCAUUUUUUCUCCGUUAUUUUUAGUUUUGAAAGACAGGACAUGGGCGAAGCUCAAUCAAAUUUUCUAAUUGGGUAGUCGUAAUUCUUAGUGUGAAAUAGUACGUCGAUUUAAAGGUUGAUGUCAGGUCACAUGGAGUCAUGUAUUUGUAUGGUGCUCCCAGGAAAUCCCCUCUUAAUCAUAUCUUUGACUCAUUCUUUUGUCGUGUCCUUCGUUUCGGCUUGAUAGAAGACUCAUACAUUGCGCGCGUACUACAUUUGUGUGAUUCGUGUUCGCUCAUAAUAAAUCCUUCACACAUCAAAUAAUCUGCUUUUGAACCAACUAGACAGAAAAAAACGAAACACAAAAAUAAUAGCUUUAAAUAAAGAAUCGUCUUGUAUUGUUACAUUGGGAUGAAAGAAAUUCUAUGUUUUAAAAAGGAUCAACGGAUUUUUGCUGUUUCAGUUUGAAUUGUUACAUUUCAAGUCAUUGUUUUCAUUUCAUUUUUAUUUCAUUAUCUUAAUGUACCUUAGUAUUAAAUAUUAUAUUUA